AUGAAGAAGUCUUUUCGACACGUCCUGCCCCUGAAAACAUCCCCUCACAAUACUCGCAAAGGAUCUGAUGCUAAGACUCGUCUCUCGACUCUCGACAUCUCUCAAGGCCGCGAUGUCGUUCUCGAACUUCGGUGUCACAAGUUCUUUGCUCACAGAGCCGUGUUAAGCGAGAACUCGCCAUUCUUUAAAAGAGCAUUCAACUCAAAGUUCUCUGUUGCCACCAGCUUGAUGUUUUCUCUUGACGACAUAGACGAUGACCCUGAGAUUGUCGCUACGAUCCUGAACCAUGUGUAUCACGUUCACAAUGAGGACAUCCCUACUCUAAGUGCUGGACAUUUCACUUUAGACAAGAAGACAGAGUUUUGCUACUCUGUGUACAUGACUGCAGACAAGUACGAUUGCCCUCUUGUUCGUCAGGAAGUAUGCAGACGCUUCUUCAACGCUACUGGAGCACUGGUUAAGCAAAGCGGUAGUACCUCCACUUUGACACCAAUCGUCGCCACGAUCUGCGGCCCUAAAGCUCUGCAGCUCACGGAUUUGUCACUGGAGCAAUGUAUGUUGAAGAUCUGUGCAGUUUAUAUCGAUGCAUUUGUCCUCGAUAGAGGCUUCAUCAGAGAGCUCGGGCAGGGUAAUGUUCUCAGUAUCGGCAACCAUGAGAAGCUAGAUGCUCUGCUGAGUCAUCGUCAUGGCACAGAUGUCUCUGUUCUGCCUGAUAUUCAGGCCCAUUUGGAGAGAUAUGGCCAUUUGAGAAGAUUGUCAUCGAUGUGGAGCCAAGGGUAA